GACGCCUCUUACAGUGCACAACCUGCAUCGCCGACACCAAUACAAGGCCAUGUAAAUGUAGACUGUGCGACAUGUUUGCGCACGUCUACUGCUCGAUUUGCAACGCGUCGGGCCCACGAUGACCUGGCAAAGCGAGUUCUGGUCGUGGAUGUCGCCGCCUGCGGUGCAGACGGCCGAGACACCGGCUGUUGGCCAGAAAGCGCCUACAACACCCAAGCUGAUUAUUCCAGCACGUAAUGGCAAGCCUACAAUCGUCACUUUCCUCAGGCACUGUGGAUGCCCAUUCGCAGAGAAGACAUACCUAAGCCUACGCGCAAUCGCACCCGCCCACCCAGACAUAGACUUCAUAGCCGUCUCGCAUAGCGACCAAGAGUCUACGGACCGAUGGCUUGCGUCCUUGCCCGACCCGUCCAAGAACACGCAACCCAAUCUCCAGAUGGUGGUUGACGCGGAACGUGAGGCAUAUGCUGCAUGGGGCCUGGGCACCUCGAGCCUAUGGCAUGUCCUAGGCAGCAUAUCAGGCGUCUCAAAGCUCAAACAGGACGGCAUCAGUGUCAGAUCUACAGAGAGCGGCAGCAGGUGGCAGACGGCGGGCAAUUUUGCCGUAGACGGGGAGGGCAUAGUGAGAUGGACUAGGAAGGACGAGCGCGCGGAUGAUAUGCCGGAUUUCAAACACGGUCUUGAUGCUGUGCUUUGAGCGCGCAAUGGCACUGUAGAAUCUGUGCGAGGCUAGAAUGUCACACCGUCCGACCACAUUGUUGCAUCUUCACAUGUAAAAUAUAGACACUACAUAGUUCUUUGACGACAGGCGUGAAAAGCGUACAACAAAGGAAAUUCCAUUUCCAA